UCCUCCCCUCAAUAGUUACUCCAAUUUCUUUAUGCCACCUCCCAGAAUCCCAUUGGCAGUGAGAGUCAGCUUCAAUCUCACGCUACAAUGGCGUCGCCAUUGACGCAAACCAUCCUCAAAUCCCAGAUAUUUCGGAGCCACCCAAAUCUAUGGCAGAGAACAACCACAAGAAGAAGAAGAAGAUAUGAUAGUUGUAGUGUACCGAAACGACGAAUCACCCUUCGUCAUCUUCUUUUACUACCUCCUGAUAUUCGUAUUCGUCCUCGUUCUCUUUCGAUUCGCCAUCGUAAUCUUCUUUCUAAUCCUCCUUUUUCUCCUCUGCACCAACCUUGUACACCUGCUCUUCGACCUCAUAUGUCCUCCUUAGCCUCUCCCCCUGAUUCCACCGACCGCACUAAAACUGUGAGGAUUGUGAUUAAGGGGACAGUGCAGGGGGUAUUUUAUAGGAAUUGGACAGUGGACAACGCGACGGAGUUGGGGUUAAAGGGUUGGGUUCGGAACCGGAGGGACGGAUCGGUGGAGGCAUUAAUCUCUGGGACUCCUGAGAAGGUUCAGGAGAUGGAGCAGCGGUGUCGGCGCGGUCCACCCGCUGCAAUGGUCACCGGUCUUGAGGUUUUUCCUAGUGAUGAAGAUCCGGGGACCGGGUUUGAACGCACACGAACUGUUUGAUCAAAUGACCACACCGGCCCAAGGAAACCACAUAUUCUACCAAGAGGCUGCUGUAUGAAAACUGAACUACUGUGGCUGCAACCUCCAUUUUACAAGUAGCGGAUGUGCUAACCAAUGCUACAUAAAAGCAUUUUUUUGUCAUGAUGCUCACUUUGUAUCUACUUAACUCUAUUUCUAACAGACUGCAUAUAAGGAAUUGGCUUUUAAUGCAUGUGACAUUUUAUGCACACUCUAUAAAAGUUUUAUAUAUGCACACACUGAC